CCCAGUCCACCUGGCCGUGCUGCUGCUCCAGUUUCAACUGUUCUGCCUCUAUGACGAGCAGGUGCUCCUAUGGGUUGAGAGAAACAUGUGCCAGCCUCUAAGUCCAGAUGCCCUGAGUGGAGGAGUGUGGAGACUGAAAUGCUAUCCUACCCAUGAGCACCUGCUGUUGGCAGCUUGCAUGCACAUCGACUUCCAGAUCCUUAACUGCCAGCAAGUCCUGGAGGGCAGUGGAGGAGCGUGUUCUGUCCGAGCCGACAUCCUUCACAACUCUCUGGCCUACGGGGUCGACUUGGCCAACCUUUCCCUGGCCUAACCAAAAUAAUAAAGAAAACAAAGAUAGCUAAGACCAGGGCGUGACACAAAAGCACAUUUGCGAAAAAGCACAAUCGUUGCACAAAUGUACCUAACCAUAAUCAUCAAUGCCUUCCUUAAAAUCAAUACACAGAAUUAUAUAUAUUUUUAUAAACCUGCAUAUUUAGUUAAAAGAAACGCAUGUUAGCAGGCAAUAUUAACUAGGAAACUAUAUCACUUCUCUUGAGUUCAGUGCAAGCGGUUCUGUAUUUCACUGAAAGGAUAAAUGUUUUGCUUUCUAAAUUAUAGUUUCCGGAUUAGACCAUAUUGAUGACAAAAGGCUCGUAUUUCGGUAUGUUUAUUAUAAUUAAGUCUAUGAUUUGAUAUUUGAUAGAGCAGUCUGACUGAAUGGUGGUAGGCAGCAGCAGGCUUGUAAGCAUUCAUUCAAACAGCACUUUACUGCAUUUGCCAGCAGCUCUUC